AUGGGCAGCUCCCUUUGGGACUUGAUUGAGCACCAGAAACUGCUCCUCAUGAUCGUUGUUCUGGGAAUUGGUGGGUCGCUCCAGGCUGGCUUUCAGGGGACUAUGAUCACCUACACAUCUGUGCAUGUGAAAAUGUUUAUCAACAACUCCUGGCUGGAGCGCUCUGGGCUCCCUGUCCACCCCGAAACCCUCACCUUGCUGUGGGCCUUGGUCGUGUCUAUCUUUGGCUUAGGAGGACUCCUGGGUACUCUGGCCAGUGGAUACCUGACUACAAAAUUUGGAAAGAAGAAAUGCCUCGUGGCUAACAACGUGGCCAUGCUGGCGAGUGCCUCCCUGAUGGGCUUCAGUAAGAUGAGCAAGUCCCUCGAGCUGAUCCUGGUGGGACGCUUCCUGAGUGGCAUCAGCACAGGUAUCUGCAUCCCUCUCCACCCUCAGUACGUCGGGGAAAUUUCCCCUAAAAAGCUCCGUGGAUUUGCAAAUUCAACUGCCUCUGUCUUUUGGAGCCUGGGAAAAGUCCUUGGUCAAGUUAUGGGACAAAGAGAGCUCCUGGGAAGUGCCUCACUGUGGCCACUGCUGAUGGCCUCCACUGGCCUUGCUGCCUCGAUCCAGUUGCUCACCUUGCCCUUCUUCCCUGAAUCUCCGCCUCACCUAUUCUUGCAGAAAGGAGAUGAGGAAGGAUGCCUGAAAGCCAUGAAGACUCUCUGGGGGGACUCUCUGGCUCUCCAAGCAGAGCUUGAUGACCUCAGGAAGCAGCAGGCCGCCCUGCAAAGAAGCACCAGGAGCAAGAGUGUCCUGGAGCUGCUGAAGGCACCGGCCCUGCGCUGGCAGCUUUUCUUCCUCGUCCUGGUCGUGGUGGCCAUGCAGUUGAGCGGCAUUCAUGUGGUUGAGUAUUACCUGCGUGUUCCUCCCAGGAAACCACCUUCCUCUAACAAACUCAGAGGAAAGGAGCAGGAGAAAAACCAAAGAUUCAAACUGAAAUAUUUCUCCCAGGAGAUUUAUAACUACACGUUUGAAGUUCUGCACACAGUUGGCUUUGAUGAUGAAGACAUCCCCUACUUGUCUCUGGGCCUGAGCCUCAGUGAGCUCCUCUCUGCUGUCGUCUGUAGCUUCAUCAUUGACCGGUUUGGAAGGAAGGUGCUGCUAUGGGGAGGUUUUGGGCUGAUGGCUACUGUGCUGGCUGCUGUCACUCUGACAAUCUCCUUGCAGCCUUGGUUCUCCUGGAUGCCAUAUUGCAGCCUCUUCCUGAUUUUCUGCGUUGUAAUCUUCUUUGGAAUUGGUCCAGCUGGGGCGGCAGCAUCUCUGAGGAUGGAGAUCUUUGACCAGUCCUCCCGAUCAUCUGCCUACGUGAUUGGUGGAGUCUUAAACUGGGUUGGAAUCUUUGUGAUAGGAAUGCUCUUCCCAUUUGUUGUGGAACGUCUUCAUCAGUUCAGCUUCCUCAUCUUCAUGGGAGCCCUUUACAUUUCUGGAUUCAUUAUUUACUUCUUUCUGCCAGAGACCAAGGGGAAAUCAAUCCUAGAAAUCAGAGAAGAGUUUGAUAAACUUAAUUUUAAGAAGAAGCAGAUUCUCACCUUAGAAACAAACUUCACAGAAGAGUGUGUAUUCUGCACCAAGCUAUGAUUCAAACGUCACAUAUCAGAACAUCAGAAGAGCUUGGCUGCAGCUGGGUCAAGCUAAAGGGGCCCAUCUAGGCCAGCAUCCUGUUCCCUACAGUGGCCAGCCAGAUGCCCCCAUGAGGAGUCUGCUAGCGGGACC